CAUGUGUUAUUUAGGUAUGUAUUUGCGAAAGGUAAGGUAGUAUAGCAUGCUGUUAGAUGGAUGCAAUAAUUCAGGUGGCGUUUAAAUCAGUUUCUAACAUGGCCUGUUUUACCGAUGCGGAAUUCCGAGUUCAGUUCAGCCUCGACGCUUGCAUCACCUUAAAGAUGGCCACAACUGGUAAACAGGUUAGGUUGGGUUCGUGGAUAAUGUCAGAUGAUGAUGCUGCAUUGGACUCAAUGGAUACAGAAGAAGAUAUUUUUUCUCCAAGGGUCCGCAGUCUUGGCUCUAAUGUUAGAAGGGUUAAAAAUUUGCGUACUCUACGAUCAAAUUCUACUUCUCAUAUAUCUGUGAACAAUUUAAGCGUACGCCGUAGUACCCGUAAUAGAAUGCAAACAUAUGAUAAUCUUAACACUAGCUGGAUUUUAGGAACUCAAACAUUGAAAGGUUAUCCUAUGUUUCAACAACAUGGUUCUUCAUCUGAUAAAGAAAUGGUGGAUGAAGUACCCGAAAGGAAGCGUGAUGUUAGGGACCGUAUGCCUCUUAGAUCACGUGAAAAUCACCCUCCUAAUAAAAAUCCAACAAGACAUAUUAGGGAAAGGGCUGAACAUGAUAGGCAAAAUAAUAGAGAACUUAGAGGCAGAGGUGAUCGUGAUCUUAGAGAAAAAACAGAACAAGAAAAAGAUAUUAGAGAUCUUAAGGAAAGACAAGAAAGAGAGAGGACAGAGAGAGAACAUAAAGAUAAAAUAGAAACCAGAAGUAAAUCGAAUGAAGAAAAAGAUAUAAGAACAAGAAAAUCUGAUAGCCCAAGUAGACUUAAAGAAGGACCUGUUACAAGACUUGGUGGUAGCUUAGGUGAAAAAGAUGUAAAGCCUAAAGUAGAUCAAGAUGAAGCUGAUGAAGAUAGCUUGCAAGAAAGUGAAAAAGCAGAAAAUAAUGAUAAUUAUGAAAAUGAAGAUGGUUACGAAGACAUGUAUACACGUAUUAAACGAACUAGAAGAAAAGCACAGCGGCAAUUACCGAGAGGUGAAAAACUUACAGUAGUAGAUAGUGAUUUAAGUGAAUCGUCUGAUUCUCCUGGUCCUAGAAAAUACAGUUUACGUCAAAAAAAGCCUACUGUAGAUAGAUUUCAAGCUAACGUAGAACCAGUUCGACGGUCUAUAAAAGCACUUAGAAGUGUUCUCAGUAAUUCGAUGAGAAGGCGUAAACAUAGAAGCAAAAGUACAAGCUCUAGUGAUUCCAGCGAUUCGGAACCUCAACGUUAUGAUAAAAAGAAGAGCAAAAAAGCAAGGCAAUCAGCAAUACCUCAGGGUGGACACCUCAAUCGUAAAGCGGAUAUAAAUCCAAUUACAGAUCCCUAUAUUAUAUUCAAUGAUGUCGGAGGCUUAGAAUCACAUAUUCACUGCCUUAAAGAAAUGGUGGUUUUUCCUAUGAUGUACCGAGUGUUUGAACGCUUUUCACAUUACCCACCGAAAGGAGUACUUUUUCAUGGUCCACCAGGAACUGGUAAAACGUUAAUAGCUAGAGCAUUGGCAAACGAGUGUAGUCAGGGAAGUAAAAUGGCAUUCUUUAUGAGAAAAGGCGCGGAUGGUUUAUCGAGGGUCGGAGAAUCGGAGCCAUUGCGAUUAUUGUUUGAGCAGGCUCAACUAAUGAAACCGUCCAUAAUUUUUGAUGAAAUUGAUGGCCUUGCACCUGUUCGUAGUACGACAGAUCAAAUUCAUGCUAGUAUUGUGUCUACACUUUUAGCGCAUGAUGGCCUCGGUGAUAGAGAGGUUAUAGUUAUCGGAGCAACAAUAAAUAGAUCUAUUGAUCCAGCAUUACGGAGACCCGGUCGUUCGACCGAGAUUAUUUUUUCCCUACCUUCUAUGAAAGAAAGAUUAGAAAUAUUAAAAUUCACGUUAGUAAAGAAAAAUCCUCCACCAGAUCAAUUGUUAGAAACAUUAGCUGAAAAGGCAACAGGUUAUUGUGGUUCAGACCUCAGAGCUUUAUGUACCGAAGCAGUUUUGCAAGGGUUGAGAAGAACGUAUCCCCAAAUAUACAUGACUAGCAAUAGAUUACUUUUAGAUCCUGAACGAGUUGAAGUAAAGAAACGAGAUUUUACAGCAAGUUCUAUUCUUGUACCUUCAUCGCAAAGAGUCUCGCCGUGUGCUCGAAGAAAAUUGCAACCCUUUAUGGAACCGUUAUUAGGGCCUUUAAUAGAAGAGUUACUUUCUUCGAUAAAAGGAAUAUUUCCUCAUGGGGUUAAUCUUGCUAUGGCAAAGUAUAAAACUUACACUCACGUCAAAGGAAUUCAUCGUCCGAGGCUAUUAAUUUCUGGAAAUUUGUCGGAAGGUCAAGGGCCACCCUUAGCACAGGCACUAUUGUAUCACAUGGAACAUCUACCAGUUCAAACGUUAGAUGUUAGCACUCUUUUUGCAGAAAGUGGACGAUCUCCAGAAGAAACCUGCGUGCAGGUAUUUAAUGAAGCUGCCAGAAAUGUACCGUCCAUAAUUUAUAUUCGAUCGAUUGAUCAGUGGUGCCACGUCGUACCUGAAACUGUUAAAGGUUUUUUGUGUCGUAUCGCAGCCCUCGAUCCUACAUUACCCAUCUUAAUUUUAGCCAAAAGCGAGACAUAUCAAGAUCUUCCGAUUCAAUUACGAAGCCUUUUUAGCGAGCUUCGCGGAGAAGUUUAUUCUAUGAAAACACCAACAGCGGAACAAAGAUCGAAAUUCUUUCGACCUAUUUUUAUGAUUCAAAGUCUAAAACCACCGAAAGUAAAGGAUGAUAAAGUAGAAGUUUUAGAGGAACAUUCCUUAGCACCGGAUCCUGCCAAGAAGUUAACGGAAGAAGAAAGGAAAGUGAUAUACGAGAAAGAAGGUUCACUAAGGGAAUUACAGAAUUUGCUUAAGGGAAAUUGUGCUAAGCUCGCAAGAAAUAGACAAUUUUUUUAUGUUACAAAACCGGUAGACACGGAAGAAGUGCCGGACUAUAAUAUGAUAAUACAACAGCCAUGGAUUUAUAAACAUGAGACAAAGAUUGAUAUGCAUUGUUAGCUCUGUGCACGAGAUUUUCUUGAUGAUAUCGAUCUAAUAUGCAAAAAUGUUGAAUAUAAUCCAGAUAGCUUACGUGAUAGGCCCUCCCUUGGAAUAUUAAAGAGAGAUCCGGCGGACAAAUUAAUAGGGCAUCGUGCAUGCUCUCUACGCGAUAAUGCAUACGCGUUGAUAAAAGCAGAAUUAGAUUCCGAUUUCGAGGAUAAAUGUCGUGAAAUUCGAAGAACGAAGAGUUACUGAAAGUCAGUUAGCAAUGAGGCCGAGAAUAAGAAUAAUCGGCCAAAAGCGGAGCAACCUGUAACCAUAUCCGAACGAAUAGAUAAAAAAGAUUCUACGAAUUCUAGUCAUUCUCUUGUUGUAAUGGAAAGAGAUAUAGUAAUUCUAGGAGCGUAGGAUACCAGCUGGGCAGGGGUUAUGUUAAAAAGUUCAUAAAAAGAAAAGAUUGCAUUCGAUGAAAGUUCAACUACACUCGAUACCAGGUCUGCUUAACUAAUGAAUCUACUACUAAGCAUCGAUUUAGAAAAGUUCCAAGAAUUCGAAACCGAAGCAAAUAGUGUUCUAAAUGGUCAUAACGUUGUUGAUAAUACCGAUUCCGAGAAUGAUUCGCAAAAUGAAGUUCAAAGUAUGCGCAAGCAACUCAAAGCAAUAACGUCCUGAUCACGCAUCGAUGAAAUUGAAAAUGUGGAGAUAUGUUUUACAGAGGAAGAGAAACAAGUAGCAAAUAGUGGAUCUAAUUCUUCGUCUAGACGAGAAAGUAUGGUGAAUUAUCUUCGCAUCGAAGUGAUUCUUGGUCUUGCGAGAUUCGAAGAUGAUGAGAAGCUUCUGGUAGAAAAUGAAAUGGAAAAUGCAUGGCAAUAUACCGUUAAUAGUACUAGAUUUCCUGUUGAAGUAUUAUGGGACAAUUUAGUACAAUUGAGUCGAUGCGUAGGGAAAUAUGCUCAGAGUUAUGAUAGAAAAUCACUGCCAAAGGAUUUGCUCAAGGAGGUGAGAAAGUUUGAAGAAUUCAAGACAACGUAUCAGGAAGCUCACGAUAUCGCAAUCAAAUGGACAUAGUAUAAAUCAUCUGCGAGGUUCGAACAUAACAAAAAUUCUUUUGUACACAAACACUGAACGAGAUGAUCAGUAAAUGUGAAAUCACAUGAUAAUUUAAAUGAUUCUUUUUUUUUUUUCAACUCUUGCAGCUGCUGAUGAUUAGAAAAAAAAAAGGUGAAUUUUAUUAUCUUGCACAUAUUUAUGAUAUAACCGAAAUAAUAAUAUAUUAAAAUUUCGGUUCUCAAAACAUGGUGAAGUGUAACUGUGUUUUUUUUUUUUUUUAGAAAGAAACAAAAGUAUUAUACAUGAAACUAAAAAAGUAAGGAAAAAACAAAAAAACAAUUUCAACUAUUUAUCUUAGUAUGCAAUCAUAAAUUUGUUAUAACCAUAUUGGCUUUCAUUAUCUAAAAUGAUUAGUGGCUGAUAUUAUAUCUCCUUAGUAAAAAGGUUGGAUAUCGAAUUUAAAUAUUUAAUUCAAUAACUAUAUAUUCUAUAUUCAAUAAUUGCCUAUCUUCAAUUGUAAUUUUUUACUUAAAAAAAUUUGUCAUUGGUAUAAAAAAAUGCAAUUGAAAUUAGUUAUUAUAAAAUGUCCAAUCACCUGCUUUUUUAUACAAAUCGCUUAAUGAGAUACUUGUGGAAACACAUUUUUGAGUUAAUGUAUCAUACUUUACAUCUUAAAAAAGAUGAUAUACUAUUUCAAUCGUAUAUACAAUUUUGCAAACACUGGUCAUACAAAGAUGAUGGUAAUUUAAUAUAAUAUGUACUUAACUAUAGUUUUUUACAUGUAUAAUAAUUUGACACUAUUAUGACAUACAUUCGUACAGGUAGUACCAUGGUAAAUUAUUAUAAGGUAAAAUACAUUAUAAAUUCUUAAUAUGCGCCCAGUUAUUACUUUGGAUUUUUACAGUUGUGUUGGUAAUUUUAUACAAGCUACUUUGAAUGUAGACAUAUCUUCAUGUAUAAGUUUUCAACAUGAAUAUAGAAAGUCCACAUAUGUCUUAUUUUAACAAAAAAAUCGGCCAAAUAAUACUCGUAACAAAAGUUAAUUCUAAAUUGAGUAAAUAAUUUGAUAAAAUCACAGUUGUGCUUAUAUUGAACGGUAGUUUGUAUUAAUUAUUUCAGCUAUGAAAACUUAUAAAUAGAUUUCAUAGAGAAGUUAAUAUGGAAUACAUUCCAAUCUGUAAGCAGUGGUAUAUGUUGUAUAUUAAACAUUUCGGGAUUUGGACAUAAUUAUUCUUAGUCAAUUUUACUAAUUUCGAUACUAAACAUUAUUUGUUAUGUUAAUUUUUCAAUUCACAUCUUUACUUAAUGUAGUGUUAGGUUCUAAAGAUGUACUAAUCAAAAUCAUGAAUAAUUUAAUACAUUAAAUGUGUAUUAUAUGUCUGUUGUAUAGAAUAACUUUAGUGCAAUGACUUUUUAUGAAUGUAUAUAAAGAUUAUUCGAAAUAGUACAAAUAUGUCUUUUUAUAUACAUUAAUAAAAACUAGGAGUCAUUGAAACUGUUUCAAUGUUAUUCAAAUUAGUUUGCAAUUGCAAGUAGUUAAAUAAUAUUCGGGUGAUUAAAUUAAUUUUAUGUGGGCUAGUAAUACAUUACUGAAAUACAGCAUAUGCUUUUCAGUUUAUUUUUACCACAGUUAUAAGCCAUAAGCAAAGUAAUUAUGAAUAGGGUUUUGCGUUAUUGUCAAUGUAAAAGUGGAUAUAAUUAGAAAUAUGAAAUACCCUCGGUAAGAUCUUAAACAUUUAUAAACAAAAACUAUGUCUGUAUAAAUACUAUUGAAUAUUUAGCAUAAAUUUACAUUUAGAUUUGUAUACUGGUUGUGAUCCAUACAUAUAGACUGUGAAAAAGGUAGUUACCAAAUUCUGAUGUACUAGAAAAAAGGCAAAUAAGGUUCUUCCUGUUAUUAUCAAUCAUAUAAAUAGUAUUCAUGUAUACAAUAGCUGUGUCUGUUAAUGGAUUUCUUUAUACAAGUUUCAAUGUCUAGGUCGGUACAUAAUGGGAAAUAUAGAUUGGAGUGCGUUUAAUUGGGGGGAUAGUAAUUAGUAAUCAGGAACUGAUAAUUAGUACUUUUUUAAAACACAUAGUAUGCCAUUGAUGGUAUGAAAUUGUAAUGCAAUAUGAUCGUAAACUGAUAUUGUCUGACUUAGCAAAUUGUUAUUAUUCAUAAUAGUAAAAAUUUCAAAAUCCAAAAAUUAGGUUUGAUAUUGUAAUAAAUUCAUUUUUUGUCUAUAAGUUUAUAGUUAAAAUUAUGGCCGAAUCUUUUUCUAUAAUUAUUUAAAAUUUGUUAGAAUAUAGGAGUGAAAAGACUGAAUUUUAGAAAUGCUCACUACAUAAUAUUUAUUUUUUUGUACAGUUUGUGUUUAGAUUGAAUUAGCAAAGCAAUUUCUGAUGUCCUAUUACAUGAUCUUCAAUAAUGUAAAUACUAAAUUUCAAGAUAAAAUAAUUUUCUAUAUAACUUUACAAAUAUACUAUAUAACAGUCUAUAUGUUUAAAGUUUUGAUAUAUGUUUGAUGUCAUUGAGUGAUAUACUAGAAUUAUAAUAAUUGAUUUGCAGUAAAGCUAAUUUGUAAUGAAAACACAAUCAGACAGAAAGAACUUAUUUUGUUCUUUAUUGUUGAUUAAUUGUACCAUUGAAAAAUUCGAGUGGUAUUAUCAAAUAAGUGAUUUAGUAUUAUAUGUGAAAUUGCUUCCAUAUUUAAUUGUAAGUUGUUCAAGAAUUCUAAAUAUUAUACAUGUAUGUAUAGUAUAAAAUUGAUUCUUGAGAAAUCAUUGUUUUAGUGAAAAUGUGUUUUAUGAAACUCAAAAUGCAAAUUAGUAUAUAUUAGGUGAAUUUUAGUUUCUUGAAUCAAAUUUAAUGAAAUUGGUCGAUGGUUUCUUUUACUCAGGUAUCUGUUUCUGUACAAUAAGAACAGUCAACACUGUGCAAAUUAGUGCCACAUUAUAAAAGGUAAAUAAGUAUUGGUAUGCAUGGUAGAUAAAAAAAUGAUUAGAAAUAUUGUUACCACUACACAAUAUGAUUUACGAUACGUCGUAUAAGGAAUUUAAGUAAUGAUGCUUUUACUUUUGAAAGUGUUUAUACAAAUUUCGUUUAACAUUCAUGUAUCAAUGUAACAAUCGUUCUUUUCUUUUAAUUAAUUUUUUCUCAAUCCAACAGUAUAACAUUAUUAAUUGAAUUACAUAGAUAUUGUUUAUAUUUGCCAAAGAAUUUAUGUAAACACAUAUAAAAAUUAAAAAGAUUCAAAACAUAAGCCUCAAUAAAUGAUACAGAAAAAUCACAGGUAUACAAUUAAAGCAAGCAAAUGACUAAUUGAAUCAUUGUGAGCUUUCUGUUUCAAUUAAUAGAUAUUACAUUCCACAUUAUAGUGAAGAUCCGAAACAUGUAUGUAAUUACUCAAAGAAUAAUUUCUGGUGCUAUUUUUCUGAUGUGCUAUCAUCUCUGUAUUACCAAACGAAAAUGAAGAAAAGAAAAGAAAAAAAAAAGAAAAAUACUAUGUAAUUAUAUGAUAAAUAUGUAAAUUGUACUAAUCGAGAGGUUCUCGUAACCACUGCCGUUCGAACUAGUUAUUACAAUUACUUUGCUGAAGUAUUCAGAUAAUAAAACAUUGUAAUACUGUUGUUUGCAAAGACCGUGUUGUAUUAUAAUUCAAUAGAAUGAAAUCGAAUUUGGUAAAUUAACGUGAUCUUUUGCAGACGACAGUUUUAAGCAUACGAAGCAGAUGUGUAGAAGAUACAAAGAACAAAACAAAGGAGCAUACACUGCCUUAUUUAUUUUACCAUACAAUUAAUACGUUUUAUUGUCAUCAUUGUAGCAUAAUAAAUUGAAGUUUCAUAACGUAACAAUA